UUUGAGAUCUCAGAUUUCCACUUCUAGUUUUGAGCAACAAAAAAGGUAAUUUUAUUGGCUAUAUAUUUGAGCCUCAUUUGGGCAGAACUCAUUUCUCCCAAAAAAAUGAAACCAAAUGCCAUAUCCCAAAGUGAUGUUCAUUAUUACCCGCCAUGGUCGUGCCCAACUGAGCUUCUUGUAUUACUAAAGCUGGAUCGUGCAAGAAUAGAUGGGAAAUGGAACCCCGACGAUCAUGAAGGCAAUAUCGCUGUCAUUGACAGUGUUUGCGAUGAGUUAACCGGUCAUCCUUACUUAUUGCAAAUUCCAAAGCACAAGUAUCAUGAGAAAGUUAUGGAGUGGUGGUUCCGAUAUGUUCGAUUCAAUGCAUUGUUGAAGGAUGAUCGAACUUGGUAUUGUGAAGAGAGUAAGCGAGUGUUUUGCACAGAUAUAUCAUGGAGUCAAAUUGAAAUCGAAAAUCCAAGCGCGUUAUGUUACAUGGAAGAGGGAGAGGCAAACUGGGAUAUCUUAAAACGCCUGUUCUACGAGCCAAGAGUGUAUUCUUGUUCAGACGAAGAUGAUUGGUGAAAUUGGCAUCUGCCUUUAUUAAGUUUUUAUUAGCAUGUGUGUUUAGCUCUCAUGGGGAGAAUGAUGAACCUUUUUUUAGUAUUAAGAUUAUCUUAACUUGGAUGUUUAGUUAUGCUAUUAAGUACGAAGCAACCAUUAUAAUAGGUUGGACGCUUAAACAUGUAUUUGAAUUCUGUUAUUAUAUAUUAACGUGUA